AUGCCAUUUGGCCGAGCUAUCUUGAGAUGUGCGGCGGCAGCGGCUCUUAUCAGCGUUGCCCUGGCGCAUGGAGGAGCACAUCAAAAGCCGCUGGAAGUCGACCCGAAUGCGGAUUGGGCUACGAGACACAUGGCUGAGGAACAUCAUAUUGCCAACUUCGACGCACCAUCAUUCUUCUCCCUCCACGAUUACGAUGACAAUGGAUUCUGGGAUGCAAGGGAAAUCUUGAAGACCUACGGGAUGGAGGACGAGACCGCAAAAGAUGUGACACACGAGAAGAAGGCUGAGAUAUUACGGGAGGUCCUAAAGUUGAUGGAUACAAACAACAACGGAUUGGUGGAGAGAGAAGAGUGGACGGCUUUCACUCAAGAAAGAAAAGGAACCUUGCCAGAUUUUGGCACUGGACCUGGUCACCAUUGGGAUAUGGAGAUGGAAUACGAAAUCCACCACUGGGAAAGGUACCAUGACGAGAACACGAAAGAAGAAGACCUGAUACAUCCUGAGGAUAUUGAGCACUUCAGAAAGCACGACGAAAUGGAGGAUGAAGCAGAACGAGUUGCUGCUCUGGAUAGGAUGCCAAUUGUGGAGCAGAAUAUUCCUGCCAAGUUCAGGAAGGAAUAA